AUGCAACUAACAAGACUGGCAUGGCUGGGAGGUUUCCUUAACUUGGCCUUUGGAGAGCCACAAGGUUACGGCUAUGGUUAUGGCGGCUUCUCAUUCCCCAGUUUGAAAACUACGGGUACUGGGACCAGUCCGCCCACUCUCUCCACUGGUGUGAGUGGCACCGCUCCCGGUACCACUGUCCCAUCAACAUCUGCUCCUUACGGGAACUAUUCAUCGAGCUCCUACUUCCCUUCAGGCACCGCGCCGUUUUCCACUGGAAGUUCAAGCACCAGUGCCGACCCCAACACCACUACCAUCAGUGGCAGUCCUACUCCAUCCGCCAAUGCCACAUAUGGUACAGUCAGCGGGGCUCCAUACAAGACAUCCAAUUCUAGCAUCUCAGGAUACCCAACCUACUAUCCUUCUCACGGGCCAUAUCCUCUCCCAUCGUCUUUGUCGCGUUCUACUUCUUACCCAUCGGGCACCAUAGGCAGUGCUGUCUCUACCAAGGUCUCGGGUAACACAACAACCAUCGCAUCGACCGGAGACCCUUCAGCAAAGAAAACCAUCGCAUCCACCGGAGACCCAUCUGCGAAGACCAUAUCAGCCAGUGGCACCGCCGGAUCAACAGGCCUCGCCUCAGCGCCAUCGUCCUUCGUCACGUACACCGCUCCUACGGGAAUCCCUUCCGAGUACUACUUUCACCACAAGAAGCCCAAGCGUAGUGCUCACUACGGCGGCGGCUAUGCCUACUACGCUUAA